AUGGACCAUUUACAGCCGUUCGCCUUUCCCCGUUUCUCAGGAGAUCUUUCUUCCAGGGCUUCCCUUUGGCUCCCUUGGGUCCUCAUGGUUGUACCAAGAGGAUCGGUCCGGUUCGUACUUGUGCUAAAUGCCAGUCCAGAGCCGAAGACGAAACUUGCGCCGCUUGAUCGGCCGUCAUAUACCUUUAUCGAUCACGAUGAUGAUUUGACCUCCAAGAGGAUCAAAGAUGUCAAUGCUCGCAAAGCCAUCCGCUCUCAUGUCAUGCGCCAUGUGCGCCGACGUGAGAGACUUGCAGGGUUGAAACGAACCUCCAGACGUGCGCAACAUGAUGCUUCGCAGGUUGUUGAGGACGAGAAUGAGCAGAGAUUGGUGGUAAGGUCUCAGUCCCAGUCCUCUGCCUCUCCUCCGGUCCUAGGCCCGGGUAAUUUCCGCUAUUCUUUGGCUCAAAGAGGACGUCCAGCAAGAUGGUGUGCUGGCUAUCCUUUGCCACUUCACUCAAAUCCUAACCCUCCCACCUCAUGGUUCCUCGAUCCGUUCUCCACCCUACCAGGCACCGGUGAGCUUCCGUUGAUGGUUGCUCACUUGAUGUAUUACUGGAAAACAAUAUUUGUCCCCAUGACAUUCCCCAACACGAGCAACAGUUCAACACAAGAAAUGGAGCUCAUGGUGCGGUCCUCAUUCUCGGAUAAGGGCAGCUUCUUUGGGUUAAUGAGCAUGUGCGCUGCACAUCGAGCCGUUCUCGCGAGCCAGCAUACGAUUAUCUUCAACUCAGAUGACCAAAAUCAGGCCCUUGACUCUGACUAUUGUAUGAUGAGGGCAAUGUCUAUUGGAGAAAUGAAUACGAAAAUGCAAGAUCCGAAUCGCAGACUUAGUGACGAGGCAUUUGAUACUAUCAUCAACCUCCUGACUGGCGCGCUUAUCAUCGGCGAAUUUGAAGAAGCUCAUAUUCAUCUCAAAGGACUCAAACGUAUGGUUGAGCUGCGAGGUGGAAUAACAGAUGACAGCAUCCGUUCGUCUUCGAUGUUGUCUGCUAUCAUUACCACCGACAUCAAAGCCGCGUCUGGCUUAAUGAUCAAGCCUGUCUUUCCCUUGACGUGGGAUGCCCAGCCCGUUCCGUCGGAUAUUCAGCAACGCAUUAGGCCACAAGCUUCCUCUCCUCUCAAUAAUCUUGGAUCGGGCUUUUUCGCCAAUUCCUUGAUCAGUCCACCCUUGCGACAGAUUUUGUAUGUGCUACGAGAUAUGGUUUACUUCAGCACCGUGAAUCAGAUGACACCUGCAAUUAUUCAACCCAUUGAUCAGGACUUUUUUCGAGUCCUUAACUGCGAAGCAGAGCAUCAACUGCUCAGCUACAUCUAUACAGAUGACUCUCCCAAUCCAGGGUUAAUACUUCACCCUAUUGAAGCCGUCACCAGAGUGGCUUCUAUCUGUUUUCUUAACCAUUUUCUGAUUGUUUCACCGUCAUCGUCUGGCUUAGGCCGAGCACUUACGAGACACCUCACAAUGGCAGUGGAGAACUGUAAAUUAUCUCUCCUGCAGGGAUUAUCCAAUGAGAACUUUGGUCUGUAUGCUUGGGCACUCUUUGUCGGAGCUCAGGGCUCUCAAGGCCAGACUAAGCGAGCUUGGUUUGUGGAGCGUUUAGCCCACGUUGCGAUGGUAUGUGGGUGGCAAUCGUGGGAACAAGUCUCGAAAGUUAUGGCCAAUUAUCUAUUUGUAAUGACGUUGGAUGGCUUGAGUUGGCGAUCUAUAUGGGACGAAGUAAUGACUGGGUUUGUGAUUUCCGAAGCGGACGAACUGGAAUGUCUUUUUGAACGAGAUGCACUCGUCAACUAG